GAUCUGCCAAGAACCUACUCCCCCUGACUUUGUUGGCAUUCUCAUUGGAAUCUCAGAAAGACAGUCCUAUAAAAAAGCUCUGUAUCAUUUCUGCUUCACCCUCUUCACUUUGCCUUCCCCGCCUCCUCCGUCUCACUCCGAUAUCUCUCUCUCCCUCCUUUGUAUUCAUGGCUUCCAUGGCUACUGCCUCUACUUCCCUGCAGGCUCGUCCUCGCCAAAUGGCAACUGCGGUUAGAUGUUUUAGCCAGGGAAGCAGAAACAAUCUUUCUUUUACGCUUCGCCAGCUUCCUACCCGCUUGAGCGUUUCUUGCGCUGCAAAACCUGAGACAGUGGACAAAGUGUGUGAAGUCGUCAAAAAGCAACUCUCACUUAAAGCCGGCGACGAAGUUACGGCUGCCACCAAAUUUGCUGCACUUGGUGCUGAUUCUCUUGAUACGGUGGAGAUUGUGAUGGGCCUGGAGGAAGCGUUUGAUAUUGAAAUGGCGGAGGAUAAAGCACAGAAUAUUGCGACAGUCGAGGAAGCAGCUGAGCUCAUUGAGGAGAUCUUGAAGGAAAAAGCUUAAGUCCAAUAUCAUUUAUUACAGAACCAACAAUGGAAACACUAAGCCCAAAACCACUUAUCUUGUUAUUGUUUGGUUAGGUAGAGACCACAUCUGUCUGUUGAGAUUUAUGUUCGUUUGGGCAAAAAUUAUUACAAGGCUUGUAUUUGACUUUUUUCAUCUUUUUUUUUUUUUUAAACUUGGCUUCUUUUUUUUUCA